CAUCAUAUAAACACAGGCGGUUGUCUGCUCUCUUCCUAUUUACAGCCAUCUUCCCCAUUUCUCUCACACCUUUGAAAAGGCAAUGGCAUUUUCCGUAACUUUCCUUAAGCCUGACCGGUGCUGUCUCUUUCCAUGGCAUCAGGUUCCAACUUCAGACCAUGCUUGCAGAAAACAGUUCCGAGUGAGAGCUUCAACUAGUGGUUCAGAAGAUGGGGAAAGGACGAGCAUAAGGAAGACUAAUGAUGGGUGGAAGAUCAAUUAUUCAGGCGAGAAGCCAGCAACGCCAUUGCUGGAUACAAUCAAUUACCCUGUCCAUAUGAAGGAUCUAUCGGCACAGAAUCUUGAACAACUAGCAGCAGAGGUAAGAGCAGAUAUUGUUCACACUAUAUCAGAUACUGGUGGGCACCUUAGUUCAAGCUUAGGGGCGGUGGAGUUAGCGGUGGCCCUGCAUCAUGUUUUCAACACUCCAGAAGAUAAGAUAAUAUGGGAUGUUGGUCACCAGGCAUAUCCACACAAGAUUCUCACAGGUCGAAGGUCCAGGAUGCACACUAUCAGGAAAACUUCUGGGCUAGCGGGGUUCCCUAAAAGGAAUGAAAGUGUUCAUGAUGCUUUUGGGGCAGGGCACAGUUCCACAAGCAUAUCCGCCGGUCUUGGCAUGGCGGUUGGGAGGGAUCUGCUGGGAAAGAACAACAGCGUCAUCUCAGUGAUCGGAGAUGGAGCAAUGACUGCUGGUCAAGCUUAUGAGGCCAUGAACAACGCAGGAUUUCUUGACGCUAACAUGAUAGUUAUACUGAAUGAUAACAAGCAGGUCUCUUUACCAACUGCCACACUUGACGGCCCUGCAACUCCAGUUGGAGCACUAAGCAGUGCUUUAAGCAAAAUUCAAGCAAGCACCCAAUUCCGAAAACUCAGAGAAGCUGCAAAGGUAAGUAUUCAAAACUCUUUUUAUGCAAGACACCUUCAUAAUUUCGGCGCUUAUGUCAAAUUUCAAUGUCAUGUGGCACCGCACUCUUAUUUGUUACAGAGCAUCACAAAGCAUAUAGGGGGGCAAACACAUGAACUUGCAUCAAAAGUAGAUGAGUAUGCAAGAGGAAUGAUCAGCGCAUCUGGGUCUACACUUUUUGAGGAGCUCGGCUUAUAUUACAUUGGUCCCGUGGAUGGCCAUAACAUUGAAGAUCUAGUCAGCAUUUUUCAAAAAGUGAAAGCGAUGCCUGCGCCAGGUCCUGUUUUGAUUCACGUUGUGACAGAGAAAGGGAAAGGAUACCCCCCAGCAGAGGCAGCAGAUGAUAAAAUGCAUGGUGUUGUCAAGUUUGACCCAAAAACUGGCCAACAGUUUAAGCCAAAGUCCUCAACACUUUCAUAUACCCAAUACUUUGCUGAAUCCUUGAUAAAGGAAGCUGAAAUAGACAAUAAGAUAGUAGCCAUUCACGCAGCCAUGGGUGGGGGAACUGGUCUAAAUUAUUUCCAGAAAAGGUUUCCAGAACGCUGCUUUGAUGUGGGGAUAGCUGAACAGCAUGCUGUUACAUUUGCAGCAGGGUUAGCCACGGAAGGUCUCAAGCCAUUCUGUGCUAUCUAUUCAUCAUUCCUGCAACGUGGCUAUGAUCAGGUAGUCCACGAUGUAGAUCUUCAGAAACUACCUGUCCGCUUUGCUAUGGACAGAGCUGGUUUGGUUGGUGCAGAUGGACCAACCCAUUGCGGAGCAUUUGACAUCACAUACAUGGCUUGCUUGCCCAAUAUGGUGGUCAUGGCUCCAUCUGAUGAAGCUGAACUGAUGCACAUGGUUGCAACAGCAGCAACCAUAGAUGACAGACCAAGCUGCUUUAGAUUCCCAAGGGGCAAUGGAAUUGGAGUCGCUUUGCCCCCCAAUAACAAGGGAACCCCACUUAAGAUUGGGAAAGGCAGGAUUCUACUAGAAGGAAGCAGGGUUGCUAUUUUAGGAUACGGUUCUAUAGUUCAACAAUGCCUGCAAGCCACAAAAAUGCUCCAAAGAGAAGACGUUUCUGUGACUGUUGCUGAUGCUAGGUUCUGCAAACCGUUGGAUACUGAUCUCAUUAAGCUACUAGCUAAGGAGCAUGAAAUUCUCAUCACGGUGGAAGAAGGAUCUAUUGGAGGUUUUGGAUCUCACGUGUCACAAUUCCUAAGCUUAGCUGGUAUCUUGGAUGGACCUUUAAAGUGGAGGUCAAUGAUGCUUCCUGAUAGAUACAUCGACCACGGAUCACCCAAAGAUCAGAUUGAAGAAGCAGGGCUAUCAUCAGAGCAUAUUGCUGCAACAGUCUUGUCUCUUAUGGAGAGGCCAAAAGAAGCUCUUCUGUUCAAGUAAAAUCACAGAUGGAACAAAAUUCCCAUCCUCAAACUUCAAUCCUUAAGACUUCACCUGGCUGUGCAGAGUGGAACCUGCAAAAAGCUGCCUUAGCGAGCCAUUUUUAAGAGUACCUCUGAUCUGAAUUAACAUUCCUUGAACCCACAUCUUAAUGCCCCUAUAACAUGUAACUAAAGAACUGGUAUCGUACUUUUUUUACAUUAAUUGAAUGCAUGCAAUUACAAAUUAAGAGACCAAUAUACAUUACAUGGGAUAGGUCAUCAAAAUUAUGAUGGCAAAUCAAGCAACAGUAGGCUAUUCUCUAAUAACAAGCAAGAAUGCAAAAAUAUUUCAUCGUCAUCUGAAAUUUGCGACAUGUCA